AUGGCGGCGAAACCGGAGGCCACGGCGGCCGCGGGGAAAGAACCGUGUCCGUGCUCUGUGGUCUGGACGCGGUCACCGGCGGCGGCGGCCAAGCACAAGAGAAGGCAGCGGAGCUCGAAGCAUCGGAAGGAGGCGGCCAGGUACAAGAAGAGAUGCGAGGAAUUCGAGCGUCUUGCCAAGUACUGGACGCUCUACGUCGUGCUGGCUGCCGUGUUCGUGCUCGCGGCGCUCUGCCUCCGCCAUUGGAGCUCCCUCGCCGCCCAGGUCUGCGCGGUCAUGGCGGCCGGGUGGAUGCUUGGCGUCGCCAGGGUCACCACACUCCUUCGACGGGUCUUCUCACGGGACGACUUGUUCAGGCCCGAUUAUGACGAGCCGUGGGACUAA